GGAGGGAAAGCAGGGAGGGGGGAGGCCGGUGCUCGAUCCAAGAUGGCGGUGCAGGAAUCAGCCGCUCAGCUCUCAAUGACUCUGAAGGUGCAGGAGUACCCCACUCUCAAGGUGUUGUAAGCUAACACAGUUGAGGAGAGGAAGCACGCCAUUUUUCUGACCCUUGAAAGGAGAGCAUAGUUCUGUAAUGGUUCCCCCCACCUAAUCGGGUGCCAUAUGAAACACUGAAUAAACGGUUUCGAGCUGCACAGAAGAACAUUGAUCGAGAGACUAGCCACGUUACCAUGGUGGUGGCAGAGCUGGAGAAGACGCUGAGCAGUUGUCCUGCUGUGGACUCAGUUGUCAGUCUCCUGGAUGGAGUCGUUGAAAAACUCAGUGUUCUGAAACGCAAGGCUGUUGAGUCAAUCCAGGCUGAAGAUGAAAGUGCAAAGCUCUGCAAACGCAGGAUUGAACAUCUGAAGGAGCACAGCAGUGACCAGCCAGCUCCUGCCAACAUGUGGAAGAAGAAACGUAUGGAUCGUAUGAUGGUGGAACAUCUCCUACGCUGUGGCUACUACAACACAGCUGUAAAACUAGCCAGACAAAGUGGGAUUGAGGACUUGGUAAAUAUUGAGAUGUUUUUGACUGCUAAAGAAGUGGAAGAGUCAUUGGAAAGACAAGAGACUAUGACUUGCUUGGCUUGGUGUCAUGACAACAAAUCCAGACUCAGAAAAAUGAAGGGGCGCCAAACUGAGAACGAGCCGAAGAUGGGACGCAAAAGUAAAUCAGCCAGUGAUUACUCUAGAGAAAAUGAUGAUCUUGUUAUGGAAACCAUUAAAGGAAAACCAGAAUUGAGCUGUCUGGAGUUCAGCCUAAGGAUUCAGGAGUUCAUUGAACUCAUUCGACAGAACAAGAGACUGGAUGCUGUGAGACAUGCAAGAAAGCACUUCAGUCAAGCUGAGGGAAGCCAGCUGGAUGAGGUUCGACAGGUGAUGGGAAUGUUGGCCUUUCCUUCAGACACUCAUAUCUCUCCCUAUAAGGAUCUCUUGGACCCUGCUCGAUGGAGAAUGCUGAUCCAACAGUUUAGAUAUGAUAACUACAGACUACAUCAGCUGGGAAACAAUUCUGUUUUUACUAUAACACUCCAGGCAGGCCUUUCAGCUAUAAAAACACCACAGUGUUAUAAAGAGGAUGGGAGCUCAAAAAACCCCGACUGCCCUGUGUGUAGCAAAUCCCUGAACAAGCUGGCUCAGCCCCUGCCGAUGGCACAUUGUGCCAACUCCCGACUAGUCUGCAAGAUUUCGGGGGAUGUAAUGAAUGAAAAUAAUCCUCCUAUGAUGUUACCAAAUGGAUAUGUCUAUGGAUACAAUUCUCUGCUUUCUAUUCGUCAAGAUGACAAAGUAAUUUGCCCAAGAACCAAAGAAGUCUUCAACUUCUCACAAGCUGAGAAAGUCUACAUCAUGUAGGUCUGUAAAACACACGAUGAAGUGCCGCUGGAAUUCUCAAACAGUGUAUCUUGGCAUACCCUGUAAAGUGGGGGGCCUUAAUGUGUGGCAAAGAAGCAAAAUCUGCCACCUUGGGGAGCAGACCUGUCGGUGGCAUUAUUGUUUCUUGCGACCAAAGAUCAAUGAGCAACAAUAAACACUCUUGAAAGGAAAAAAAAAAAAAAAAAAAGAAAAAAAAAAAAAGAAAGAGAGGAAUUAUGANAGAGGAAUUAUGACUUAAGUUUGUACUUGAAUAAAAAACGCAAAAGCAAAUUUUGAUUGUUAAGGUUUUGUAACAUAAGGUCAAAAAUUGGACUCUUCUCAAAGAAAAGUACUUUCAUCUUCUAAAGGAUAGCUUUCUUUAAAGAUGGACACUUGCACUGGGGGAAAAGUUACAACAGAUUUGAAAUUAAAUCCAUUUUCCUUCCCUCUUUUUCACAAUUGUCCAAGACCCUUUUGUUAUCAAAGAUCUCAGUACUACCAACAUGUUCUCCUUUAAGCUCCUCUUUGCCUUCUUUAUGAUCCUCUGGUGAAGUAAUCCUGAACAUGAAUGAUGUAACUUAUUUCCAUGGGAAGAUAUUUUUUAUGUCUUUGACACAAGGUGUCUUCUCUGGAGGAUCAAAUAGGGAAUGGUUUGAAAGGAGUAUGAAGACUUUUUCCAAACCCAAAUAUUUUAAGGAGGUUGCAUAAGUAUCAAGAAGAACUGAGAACAUUUCAGGCAAAAUCCAAUGCUUGUUUAAAUGUUCUUUUUCCAGUCUACCAUAGUGUUAAAGUCCUUCUAAAGUUAUUAGUUAUGUGCAUAGGGUUCAAUAUGAAAUCAUUAGUGCUACUGCCUUAUUUCUUGCUUUGAGAAUGUACUCACAUGACAAUGAGCUGGUAUUCUUAAGUGUUGGGCGAAGUUUCUGAAGAUGCCUUGCAGGAUGAUUACAUAAUUUUAGGGUCUAAAUAGUAUUCAUUACUGAAACUAAUAGUUCAAUUUUAACAACUGCAGAACACAUCCUUAUGACUUUUCAAAAGAAUUAAACCAUUGUAGUUUAAACAAAACCAUAUUGUAGAGGUUUGUAUUUAGCGCUUAUUUUUGCAUGUUGAUGUUGAUUAGCUAAUAAAAGAUUGUAAAUGUAAGACAUGUUAAUAAAAAUUGUUUUCCAUUUCUUGAUUAUAUAAAA